AAAUGAGCCUCCAUAGCAAGCCUCAUUUAGCUGCUGGAGCUGCAGAUGAAACCAGGGUUCAGGAGGAAAAUUUCUUAUAAAGGUCUACCUUCCAGAACUCCAAUUUAAGAGCUUAUGCCAGCUUUUAGUGUGAAGAUGACCAUUUACGUUGCCUUUUUUACAUUUAACGUUUUUUGAGUUAUGUUAUUGCCUUGAGUCUGUUUAUUCUGUGAGGUAGGCUCUGUUCCACAUAACAGAACCAUUAAAAUAAAUGACCAUAAUAUAAACUGGACAGUGUUACACUGUUGGAAGCAUUUCUGAGAGGAGGUGAAGGCAUAAAAUAGAGCAGGCAGACUCCUCUGGGAAUGCAAGUGAAGUUUUCAUGAAUAAUUUGGAAUGUAGCCAGUGAGUUUGGUUUAAUUUCCUUCGAAAUGGGGUAUCUUCUUAGAAACCCAGUUUGCGGAGAGUAUGGUAAGUGUGCCGUUGUUUCCAGCAAGAGAAGAAGAUAAUACGGCACGGAAACCCUGUCUUGGGUAUCCUACCCUCUCAAGCAUGCAGGCGUAGAGGGGAGCAUCGUAAAGAGUAAGAAGUAUGCCAUCGCUAGAGGAUGGUAUGAUACCGUAUCCUGCAUCUCAUACAUUUUUCUGGAACAGGAGAGACUUUUUUUGUAGAAAUUCCACUAUGAUCUCUACAUUGUCGAUUUCUUAAAUAUCUUUGGCUUACCCUGUGCGCUGAAGGAACGGCAACCUUCCAGCUAAAGAAAACCUCUUUCUGAACUGUCCAUGUUUCUUCAGAAAAAGAAACAAUACCCUGAAACUACCAGCUAAACCGAGCAGAGUGUCGUGUCGUUAGAGAAGUAGAUUGCCCGAGGAGGAUAAGCAGAUAAAGGAGAGCCAGCAUUAAGUGCCGCACACUCUUGUGAUUCUGAACGUCAAAGGAGAUUAACGCCACAGUCCCAAGAUCUUUGUAGUGGUUUGUUCAGUGUAGGUGAAUAAAGCAUCCACCUUACUAUGCGAGGUACCGUAGGGAUCGCAAGGACAGGUAAGAUCACCAAGGAGCCAAGUUUCGGAGAGGGCAGUUGAGAACUACGUAGCAGAAGAUACUGGAUGAGGCAGAGUGUGGUGAAGGCGUGCUCUAAUGGACAAAGGUUUCUGUAGGGUGUGAAGAGGGGCCGGAAAUGGCCUCGGAGAUGGCCCUUGAAAGAUAGAUUAGGCUUUAAACAGGAGAAAAUGGGGACAAAGGGUAAGAGCAAGAGGUCUUUUGAGGGAGUCCCCGUGUGAGGAAUGACAGGGCAGAGGUCAGCCCCACACGUGGCAGGGAGGGCAGAGCCUGGUCAUGGUCCGUCUGAGUUGAAACUGAGGAACGGUGCUGCCUGGCAGAGCAGACCGCGGAAGCCGGUGCAGAGGGCGGCUCUGAUGCCUGGCUAAGGAACGUGGGGAAAUCACAAGCGGUGUGUGAUGAGGCGGGCGACUGCGGCGCAUCGUCUGGUCUGCGCUGGAGAACCUGGAGGCCUGGAACGCAGUUCUUUCCGUGAUUCAGCAGAAGGGGAUGAGCACUAGGUUACGUUGGUGGCUGUGGGAACGAAGGGCACCUGUCUUUCCUGCUCUGCCAGGAUGUGGCUGGCGAUUGAUCACAAACACGGAAACUUGUUUGGCCUCUUGCACCCCGUGCUCACUCCCGAUCUGCAGAGGUGAAUGGUGAAAUAACUUAGCAGUUGAACUCUUCCUUCGUUCACUUCACGUAAACCCCUCUCCUAGUUGAGUGGGUGAAUUGUUCGCGGCCCCGAAUUGCUGAACGGGUGCUUCUGAGGCCUAUUCAGAAGGUAACGAGAUUUCCCAUUUUAAAAGCGCACAAAGACUGUGGAACGGGACCGUUUGGUCUGAAUUUUGGAGCUGCUGGAACUUCCUGUUGCUUUAGUGAUUAAAAACAAACACACCUCAAUAUCCGUGGCCUUUAUGCCGAAUGUUUAGAUGUGAUAGGUUUGUACAGCACGAGGGAGGAACUUAGCCCAAAUGAAAUGAGCAGCGGCCCUGGGAGUUUGGGGGUUAACCAGAGUCCGCCCUGGCGGACAGCCGCCCCACUUGCCCCUCUGCGCCUGCCCCUCGUGCCAGUGGUGCCAGGCCCGUGGGCGGUUGCGGCUGGAGGUACUGAGGAAGCGGACGCUGACACAGCCGGAUUUCCACGUUCCCUUUUGUCACUGCAGCCGAGACGGGUGCCGUUGAACAGAUCACCGGAGGAGCGGAGAAUCGCGGAAGGAGUUGUGUGGUGCGUGGGUCGUGCUGGAACCAGCGGUCUCUGGAAUCUGCUCUCAGGCUAGCGCUCGCUCUUCACCGUAAUCACAGAGAACCAUCUUACUGAGUUUCACACCAAACUCCGUACCGUCACAGUUACGUUUUGGAUGCACUUGAAUUGCCUUUGCCUCAGCUGACAGUGUUACGUGCUCCCUGGGAGAAGGAUGCUGAAACAAAACAGGAAUUGUGGGAGGCGCUCCUGUGAAGAAAUGGACCAGUGUGCGUAAUCAUGGAAUCUCCUUGCUAACCUGCUCUCCUUGAGAAGUGAGAGAGAGAGUGGGCCGGGGAGAAGGAAAAGAGGUCAACAUGAAGCUAAAGCAGCGAGUCGUGCUGUUAGCAAUUCUUCUUGUCAUCUUUAUCUUCACCAAAGUUUUCCUGAUUGACAACUUAGACACAUCAGCAGCAAACCGAGAGGACCAGAGGGCUUUUCACAGAAUGAUGGCUGGCUUGCGGGUAGAGCUGGUGCCCAAGCUGGACCACACCUUGCAGUCUCCCUGGGAGAUUGCAGCCCAGUGGGUGGUUCCACGGGAAGUGUACCCAGAAGAGACACCAGAGCUGGGGGCGAUCAUGCAUGCCAUGGCCACCAAGAAGAUCAUUAAAGCUGAUGUGGGUUAUAAAGGGACACAACUGAAAGCCUUACUGAUACUUGAAGGAGGACAGAAAGUCGUCUUCAAACCUAAGCGGUAUAACCGAGACUAUGUGGUAGAAGGGGAGCCGUAUGCUGGCUAUGAUCGACACAAUGCAGAGGUAGCAGCCUUUCAUUUGGACAGGAUCCUGGGUUUCCGCCGAGCGCCCUUAGUGGUUGGCAGAUUUGUUAAUCUGCGGACAGAGAUCAAGCCUGUUGCCACGGAGCAGCUGUUGAGCACCUUCCUAACCGUAGGAAAUAAUACUUGUUUCUACGGGAAGUGUUACUACUGUCGAGAAACGGAGCCAGCUUGUGCCGACGGAGACACAAUGGAGGGGUCUGUCACGCUGUGGCUUCCGGAUGUGUGGCCUCUGCAGAAACACCGACACCCGUGGGGCAGGACUUACCGAGAGGGCAAACUGGCCAGGUGGGAGUACGACGAGAGCUACUGCGACGCCGUGAAGAAAACGUCCCCUUACGACUCCGGCCCGCGCCUCCUGGACAUCAUCGACACCGCAGUCUUCGAUUACCUGAUCGGCAACGCUGAUCGCCAUCACUAUGAGAGUUUUCAAGACGACGAAGGAGCCAGCAUGCUCAUCCUUCUCGAUAAUGCCAAAAGCUUUGGGAACCCGUCACUGGAUGAGAGAAGCAUUCUUGCCCCCCUCUAUCAGUGUUGCAUCAUUCGGGUUUCUACCUGGAACAGACUGAACUACCUAAAGAAUGGUGUGCUGAAGUCUGCCUUAAAAUCCGCCAUGGCCCAUGACCCCAUCUCCCCCGUGCUGUCUGAGCCUCACCUGGACGCCGUGGACCAGCGGCUCCUGAGCGUCCUGGCCACCGUGAAGCAGUGCACUGACCAGUUUGGGGCGGACGCUGUGCUGGUGGAAGACAGGAUGCCUCUUUCCCACUUGUAAUUCGCCACACAAAAUAAGUGAAACUACUUUUUACAAAGCUAGAGAAACAGCACAAUCACUUCCAAACGGUAUGCGAUGGAUUGGAAACGGCCGGCGGCAAGCUCUGGGUGACAGGGGACAGGGUGGCCUUGGAUUCCUUUGGUGAUUUCUGUAGGAGAAACUAAAGCAGAGACGACAGGUUGCAGACCCCAGGAGCCUUCCUGCCAGACCACCCGACCCCCUCGGCAUCUGCGCACCCCUGCGGUGGGCCUCCUGCUUGGUCCGUCCUAACUCACGUGCCAAAGGGUGGAUCGAGGUGUGGCGCCUGGAUGGGUUAAUGCUGGGGUUGGUUCUGGAGCGUGUAGUUCGAGUUCAUCUUCUAAUCCUUUCUCCACACCUGUGCAUUUUCUGAGAACAGUUUGUAAUCUCUUGAGUCCUUUUGUAACCAGGACUAGUCCAGUUGGGAGUUUUCCUGCCUCCUGAGGAGUAGCAGCCAGUAAGACCUGGCGUUCUGUUGAGCCCAAAUAGCAUGCUCUCCUGGGAGGGAUAUGUUUUUAGGGUAGAAUUAGUGGGAAAGACAAAGGCGGGAAAGACGCUCGGGCUCCUUCCUAAGUGAUUGGGUGGUAGUGUUCUUCGGGAUAGUUUAGAGGAGGGAAGAAGGGGCAGAACCAGAAUCGGAGAAGCCCCCCUGGCAGGUGCGCAAACGCAGACGUGACUCGAACCUCAGCGAGACCCGCAUUCCCACGGUGGUGUCCCAGUUAACCCGGAAGUUGUCCAAGUGUGAUUCUCUCACGGAGACUUUCUUUUUCCCUUUUGCCCCAAGCAGGCACAUCUUUUCUAAAUUAACAAAGCGAAUUGAGGUGAUACCUUGAAUAAGAGUGAAAUUGCCUGUGAUCUCUGCCAUCCUGAUUUCUUUUCGGAAAUGAAUUUCCACCUCAGCCUUCAAGGCAUUUGGUCACCGAAGCCUCUGUUCCCGAGAGAAUGGCAAUGCUGUUUGUGCCUUUCUCAUGAGAACAACCAGCUUGCUCCCGGAGCGGACGGUGCUCGUCCUGCUGGCGGCUGGACCUGUCCUGUGACUUGGGCCUUGCAGAAGAUUGGGAACAAAAAUUUUAAGCAUUCUGAGCCUUAAAAUUAAGGAGGUCACCAGGGAGGGCCUUAAGAUUUUGAUUUAUAUCAAGCCCUAACGUCCUCAUUUCAUUUCAUCGGGCGUUCUGAACCGGUGGUGUGGGAUCGUUUUCCCGUGUCCUCUCACUGCCCACGACCCGGGCUCAGUGCGGUCUGUGUUCCUGCAGAGCGACUCGGACCCGUAAGCAGUUGCGGUAAAGCACAGGGCCCCAGGGGGACAGGCUCGGUGCGCCCACCCACCGGGGGACCCAUCUCUCCUGCCUCUUGUCCGGGUGCCGGUCCAGCUUCUCACUUCUGUCAAGCAGAGACUGGUACUUAAAGCGUGUGGGCGAGCCGAUUUAAUGCCAGCCAUCGGAGACCGGUGUCAGGCAGCCACCCUUUCGAAAACAGCCUAGAAUGUACGCCCUGAUUUUCUCGCAUUGAAAGGCCGCUAAGUAACCUGUCACCACUUAACAAUAGCAUGAGGUCAGGAUGCUUUUGUGCUUUGUAUGUACGUUUCGAGACAUACACAAGAAUGGGUUGGGCUCCUUGAAAAAGGAAUUUAAGAAGACAGGUGUUAGCACAAAACACUGAAGUCGGGUCAACAAAAGGAGGCCUUAGAUUCCGAUUUUUAAGGCCAUUUACACUGUGUAUCAAGUGAAAUUCACAGUUGAAAUUCACGCGCCGCCCGCGUGGGUGAAUGUUAGUCGAACUAAAUGACGGAUUGGUGCUCCUGCAGACACGUGGCACCGGGAGCGUGUCCCAGUGGGAUGGGCGAGAAUUGGUCUCGAACUGGGAACUUCAUUCAUAAUGUUGAGGGUAGAAGAUACUGCUAAGGAAAAAAGCAGGAGGGAGAGCUGCUUUGAAAAUGUCACAUCCUUUUUUUCAAAACAUUGCAGAAAUGUUUAAUUGCAUUCUCUUUUCUACUGUUUUAAACUUCAUGAUCUUAAGAGGUGUUCAGAUCUAUCGUGGUUGAAGUCACAUGCUAAUAGGGUGGUCGUGACAAGACUCUUAGGACAGAUUCAUGUUCUAAUCAGGAUUGGAUUAAGCUAGGAAAGCAUGUUUAGGCACAUCUUGGAAGAACCAAGCAUAGGCUUAUAGCCCUAAAAUUCAGAAAAACUAAAUUCUCUUUGAAAAUGGAGGUGGAUAGCUUUUUAAGUUCUGUGACCCUGUCCUCUUUGUGGUUUAUUUAGCGCUAUUAUACUCCGACAAGUUGCUGGAAGCGUUCUCGGACAGCCCGAGGUUGAGCGUGCCUGGGGGAACGUGUAAAGGUAGACAUGGGUACGUUUUAAUAUUGUCAGACGAGGAGAAUCAGGACUGCCUGCCAUUUCCUUACCUCCUCCCACUUCCUAAAUACGUUUCUUCCAGAGUUUGGGGAAAUAUGGGUAUGGAAGUUACAUUCUAAAGUAUUCUUUAAUAUGAGGUUAUGUUGUGGGUUCGGAUGUAAAUAAUUGUCUGUGCAAAACAAAUUAAUAGGAUCUGAUUUGCUCAGAGUUUUGUUCAACAAUAUAUUAAUAAGGCAUUUCUCCCCGUUGCACUGAGGACUGAUGUGUCAAAUGAAAUUUAAGGAGGAAGUGGAAGAAUCCAGGUACAUCCAUUGCAUAUUAUUUUAGAAAAGAUGAAUCCUGUGUACGUGGCAAUUUUCCACUGUCACCUGAACAACGAAUUCUCCCAAGGAAAUUCAUCUUUUCUUUUUCUUAAAAGAAAGGGAAAAAAAAAAAAAAAAGACUUCCGGCUUUCCCUUCCCAUCCACCAUAUCCUUCAGCGUCCAUGCUCAAAGGUCCCUGUAUUCUUGUUUGACCAGUGACAGGACAACAGCAUCUGUCAGGGAGCUGUCUGGUAAGAGUUGCCUUAUGAGCUGGAGCUUCAGGAAACAUGAGUAAAGGCGUACGUAUGUAUAUAAUCGUAGAUGUAUUGUAGCAAGAAAAAAAUGUAUUUAUUUUGACACAGGGAAGCACUGACUUAUGUUGCUGAAGAACUUGAAGCUAGUGAAAGGUUCUCUUCUCAGUCUCUGAGAGUGGACCCCAAGGGACAAAGACCAUUCACUGAGCAGGCGCCCGCUGAGCCGCUCCGCUGAGCCAGCCGUGGCUAGGCACACGAGCGAGCCACACAGACCUGACUUCGUGAAACCUACUGUCCGGGGAAGGCCAGGUUUUUCUCCCUUCGAUUCCUCAAGUCUGGGUUGCAAAGGCAGGGGCGGGGGACUCUACUGCCACAGGUUUCUAAGGAACCAAGGUGUUACAAGUACACAAUGAUUGCGGUGGGGGGCGGGGAACUGGGAAUAACUUACUGGGAAGCUAAUUUAUUUGCUUAAGAGGAGGUGUGGGAACCAGUACCCUCCGUUUUGAUCUGCCAAGGAUUUCCUCUCAGAGCUGUUGCACAAAUAGAGGUGGGGCUUGGGAAGACACCAAACAAGACAGAUAUGCACCUAAAUUUCUAAUGUGUUCUAUGGGUUUCAAUUCUGAAGAAAAAAUAAAUAAAGAUUUUAUUAAGUA